GUCGGGCUCCGUCGGGCGGCCGCGGCCAUGACGCAGGGUCCGGGCGGGCGCGCGCCCCCGGCGCCCCCCGAGCCCGAGGCGCCCACCACCUUCUGCGCGUUGCUGCCCCGAAUGCCGCAGUGGAAGUUCGCGGCCCCGGGCGGCUUCCUGGGCCGCGGCCCGGCGGCGGCGCGGGCGGCUGGGGCCUCGGGGGGCGCGGACCCCCAGCCCGAGCCGGCGGGCGCUGGGGGCGUCCCGGCGCUGGCGGCCGCCGUCCUGGGCGCCUGCGAGCCCCGCUGCGCCGCGCCCUGUCCCCUGCCGGCGCUCAGCCGCUGUCGGGGCGCGGGGCCGCGGGGGCCGCGGGGCGCGAGGGGGGCGGCCGGGUCCGGGGACGCCGUCGCCGCAGCCGAGUGGAUCCGGAAGGGCAGCUUCAUCCACAAACCCGCGCACGGCUGGCUACACCCCGACGCCAGGGUCCUGGGGCCCGGGGUCUCCUACGUCGUGCGGUACAUGGGCUGCAUUGAGGUCCUCCGCUCCAUGCGCUCCCUGGACUUUAACACGCGCACGCAGGUGACCAGGGAAGCCAUCAACCGGCUCCAUGAGGCCGUGCCUGGCGUCCGGGGAUCCUGGAAGAAAAAGGCCCCCAACAAGGCCCUGGCAUCCGUCCUGGGCAAGAGCAACCUUCGCUUUGCCGGCAUGAGCAUCUCCAUCCACAUCUCCACCGACGGCCUCAGCCUCUCUGUGCCCGCCACGCGCCAGGUCAUCGCCAACCACCACAUGCCGUCCAUCUCCUUCGCAUCGGGCGGAGACACGGACAUGACGGAUUACGUGGCCUACGUCGCCAAGGACCCCAUCAACCAGAGAGCCUGCCACAUCCUGGAAUGCUGUGAGGGCCUGGCGCAGAGCAUCAUCAGCACCGUGGGCCAAGCCUUUGAGCUGCGCUUCAAGCAGUACCUGCACAGCCCACCCAAGGUGGCGCUGCCCCCAGAAAGGCUGGCGGGGCCGGAGGAGUCGGCCUGGGGGGACGAGGAGGAGGCUUUGGAUCACAAUUACUACAACAGCAUCCCGGGGAAGGAGCCGCCGCUGGGCGGGCUGGUGGACUCCAGGCUGGCCCUGACACAGCCCUGCGCCCUCACGGCCCUCAGCCAGGGCCCAUCUCCUUCUCUAAGAGAUGCCCGCAGCCUGCCAUGGGACGUGGGGUCCACCGGUACAGCUCCACCAGGGGACGGCUAUGUGCAGGCGGACGCCCGGGGCCCCCCGGACCACGAGGAGCACCUGUAUGUCAACACCCAGGGUCUGGACGCCCCCGAGCCAGAGGACAGCCCCAAAAAGGAUCUGUUUGACAUGCGACCCUUUGAGGAUGCCCUGAAGUUGCAUGAGUGCUCAGUGGCGGCAGGCGUGACAGCAGCCCCCCUUCCCUUGGAGGACCAGUGGCCCAGCCCCCCUACCCGCCGGGCCCCCGUGGCCCCCACGGAGGAACAGCUGCGUCAGGAGCCCUGGUACCAUGGCCGGAUGAGCCGUCGGGCGGCAGAGAGGAUGCUUCGAGCUGACGGGGACUUCCUUGUGAGAGACAGCGUCACCAACCCCGGGCAGUAUGUCCUCACCGGCAUGCACGCCGGGCAGCCCAAGCACCUGCUGCUCGUGGACCCCGAGGGCGUGGUACGGACGAAGGACGUGCUGUUUGAGAGCAUCAGCCACCUGAUUGACCAUCACCUGCAGAACGGGCAGCCCAUCGUGGCCGCUGAGAGUGAGCUGCACCUGCGCGGCGUGGUCUCACGGGAGCCCUGAGCCAGGUGACCGUUCUCAGCCCCCGCUCCUGCCUGUCGUGGCCUUGGCAGGUGACCGUUCUCAGCCCCCGCUCCUGCCUGUCGUGGCCUUGGGGCUCUCAGCCCUCCUGCUGGAUCCUGGUCAGGCCGAACUGCCGCUGCCUCUCCUUCCUCCGCAUGAGCCUCCGGCAUAGCCCUUCCUGCAACUGGCCCCGGGCUGGGCCGAGCCUCCUCCCGCGGGGGCCCCUGCCCACCCCCUCCUUUGCCUGGAGUGGGCAGUUCAUACCAAAGACGGAACCGUUUCGCCUUUAAAGGAAAUAUAUCCGGAAGCAGCCGCUGCCCCGGAGCCCUGGCCUGUGGGUCCCCCUCUCGCCUGGCUGGUUCAGUCUAACACCCCGGGGAGUCAGGGCUCCCAGGACCCUGGGGAGGAGGCGGAUUCCGGGCCUGGCUGGGCUUCCUUUUCCCACCCGAGGAACUGGGUGCACAGUUGUCUUUGAGGGGGGACGGUUAAGGUGCUUUGGGGUUCUCAGGCCAGGACACCUGCUGGCGCUGAAGUGGAGGCAGCCUCGAGGUCACCUGGGAUUUUGGGGUAGCCAGGCUGCUCCGAGACAGUGGGUAUCGAGGCAGUCGUGAGGCCCCUACUCCACUUGGGAGCAGGGGAAGGAUGUGGUUGCCCGGCCUGGGCUGCGCCCGGUAGCUUCCCCGCAAUCCCGCCCUCGCAGCUGUGGACCUAGGCCGGAUGUUCAGAUGGGUUUGUAAUUAAACCUGGAAAUGACCACAAGAGCACAAACCCACCUGGGCCCUCGCGGGGCUGGGGCUGGGACUAGUCUCCCAGGUGGAGAGCUGAUGAGGGGCUCAGAGGGACCACAUUUGGCCUACCUAAGGGCCUGGACUUGGAGAGAAGGAAGGCGGGGCUGUGCGUGUGCCCGUACCUGGCAGAUUGUGGGGUGACCCCUCUGCCCAGCAGCCCCCGCAUCUCUCUGGUUACCUCUAUUUUAUCCAGGAUAAAACACACUUCAACUUCUCCAUUAAACACUUCUCUCACCUC